ACUCAAACACAAACUGCAAACACUCAGAAGAGAAAUAUGGCAGAAAUACACAGGGAAUUGAAAAGGGUAGAGGAAGAAGUGUUAGAUCAUGAGCAAGCCAAAGUAGAAAUCUGGAAAUACGUAUUCGGGUAUGUCGAAAUGGCGGUAGUGAAAUCAGCCAUUGAGCUCGGCAUAGCCGAAACCAUAGAAACACAUGGAAACUCCAUCACACUCUCUGAGUUAGCGUCCACACUUGGCUGCUCUCCUUCCCACCUUCACCGCAUCAUGAGGUUCUUAAUCCACCGCGGCAUAUUCAAACAGACAAACACAUCCCAAUCAGCCUCUCCAGCUUACUCUCAAACGCCUCUUUCCCGGCUCCUCAUGAGGUCCGGUCAAGUACACAGCAUGGCUGCUUUCCUCCUUCUGGAAAGCAGCCCCCCAAUGCUCGCACCCUGGCAUGGCCUGAGCGCCCGAAUAAGGAGCGCUGGCUCCUCACCGUUUGAAGCCGCUAACGGCGAGGACGUGUGGAGCUAUGCUUCCGCAAAUCCUGCUCACAGCCGGCUUAUCAAUGAAGCCAUGGCUUGCAAUGCGAGGGUGGCAGUGUCUGCCAUAGUUGAGAGAGGUAAGGAUGUAUUCAACGGGAUUAGAACGGUGGUGGAUGUUGGCGGUGGAACUGGGACGGCCUUGGGUAUGUUGGUGAAGGCUUUUCCGUGGAUUCGAGGCAUAAAUUUUGAUCUUCCCCAUGUUGUUUGUGAUGCCACGGAGUCUGAGGGUGUUGAGAAUUUUGGAGGUGACAUGUUUGAUUCUGUUCCCAAGGCAGAUGCUGUUUUCAUCAUGUGGGUUCUUCAUGACUGGGGAGAUGAAGAGUGUAUCCAAAUACUAAAGAAGUGCAAGGAAGCAAUUCCAAAGGACAAAGGGAAAGUGAUAAUAGUAGAAGCAGUGAUUGAGGAAGAGGAUGAGAAAAAAGACAAGCUAAGUGAUGUGCGGCUCAUGCUAGAUAUGGUGAUGAUGGCACAUACAAGCACAGGCAAAGAGAGGACAUUGAAGGAAUGGGAAUAUGUUCUUGGCCAGGUUGGGUUUAGUCGGCGCACCAUAAGGCCCAUUGAUGCAGUGCAAUCUAUUAUUGAGGCUUUUCCUUGAUCUAUUAAAACAAAUUUAGGGCCGGUGUCCAAAUUAUUAAUUUAUUUCUAUUAAAUAAUCAAUAAGUUUCUGAUUUCAUGUAUGUUCAGGUUAUCCUCUAGUGGUACUAUAUAUAUAUAUAUAUGUCAGUGCUGCCAUAGUAUGUAAUUUCUGAUUGUUAAGUUCCAAACCUAGUUUCU